AUGAAAAAAAUUUGGAAAAAGCUGCUUGAGUACCUGAUUCAAAAUGACGGAACUGUCGUCUGCAAGUGGUGUGGAGAAGUCCUUCCUUCGAGAACUCGUUGGUACAGGCACAAGUACAAACUGCACGUGUCAACACAAGUAAACCAGCCUGCACCUCUUUUCAAAUGUAACAGUUGUAAUGCCUUCUUCAAGUCCAGGAAAGGCUACAUUGGUCAUUUAAGCUCGAGGCAUUCAGACAACGAAAACGACGAAAACAGAGAAGAUCUCGGUUACAAAAAAUCAAGGACGAGAAAUUUAGACAUUGCGAGAGGUCCAGAGUGGGAAAAUCAACGAGAAAAGGAAGAAAAGCUGGUAGCAGAUAUCAUCAACAGGGUGAAACGUGAAUGUGAAGCUCAAGGCGAAACGGUUUCACGAAGAGGGUAUUCGCGACGAACGACUGUGAUGAACAGUCAACCCUGAAACCAGGAAUCCGCUUUAUCAUCGUCUUCACGACGAAUGAACCUAAUUCCAGGGACAACGCAAAAGAAAAAG